CGAUAAUGACAGAGUGCGUGCAGCUCAGUUGCACAGGGCUUACCUAGCAUGUGCCCUGGGUUCCUUCUGCAGCACUUGUGAGGUGACCAUGAGGAUGACAAUAACACGUGACCCCCUCAGUGGUGAGUUAAGGUGCUAGGCAGGUCUCCGUGCCCCAAGAUCUCUCUGGCGUCCUGUGAGCAGCCUGAGCAACAGAGACUCUGCCCGUUUUUCAGAUGAGGACACUGAGGCCCAUGAAGUGACCUGUGCUCCCCACAGCCACGCAGCGGGCUUUUUGGUUGUUGCCUCUGUCUCAACCUGAACCGUGACAAGAGGACAGAUCCAGGCCUCUGAGGAGCCAACACGCACGCCAGCUGGCGCACGGCAGCCCCACAGGCCGCAUUGAGGGCUUCAGCAACGUGAAGGAGCUGUACGGGCGCAUCGCGGAGGCCUUCCGCCUGCCGCCCGCGGAGGUGAUGUUCUGCACACUCAACACCCACAAAGUGGACAUGGACAAGCUGCUGGGUGGCCAGAUCGGGCUGGAGGACUUCAUCUUCGCCCACGUCAAGGGGCAGCGCAAGGAGGUGGAGGUGUUCAAGUCGGAGGACGCGCUGGGCCUGACCAUCACCGACAACGGCGCGGGCUACGCCUUCAUCAAGCGCAUCAAGGAAGGCAGUGUGAUCGACCAUAUCCAGCUCAUCAGCGUGGGUGACAUGAUCGAGGCCAUCAACGGCCAGAGCCUGCUGGGCUGCCGCCACUAUGAGGUGGCGCGGCUGCUCAAGGAGCUGCCCCGCGGCCGCACCUUCACACUGAAGCUCACAGAGCCCCGCAAGGCCUUUGACAUGAUCAGCCAGCGUUCAGGAAGCAGCCGCCUCAGCUCCAGCCUACAACUGGGCACUGGCCGAGGAACCCUCCGGCUGCGAUCGCGGGGCCCCGCCACGGUGGAGGAGUUGCCCUCAGCCUUUGAGGAGAAGGCCAUCGAGAAGGUGGACGAUUUGCUGGAGAGUUACAUGGGGAUCAGAGACACCGAGCUGGCAGCCACCAUGGUCGAGCUGGGGAAGGACAAAAGAAACCCAGACGAGCUGGCCGAGGCCCUUGACGAGCAGCUGGGUGACUUUGCCUUCCCAGACGAGUUCGUCUUUGAUGUCUGGGGUGCUAUCGGGGACGCUAAGGUUGGCCGCUACUAGGAACCCACUGGACCUCGCA